UCUGAUAAUUCUGUUACCUGAGAUGCAACUGGACUGAAGAGUGGAACAGGAAAAAUUUUAGUGCCAACCUUAAUUACAAUGGAUACUGAUUCAGGAGGGCCAGCUAGCACAGAAGAUUCUGAGAAACCUGAUGGAGUUUCAUUGGAAAACAGAGUUCGUCAGGUUGCAGCAACUUUGACCGUGGAAACUAGACUAAAGGAGAAAAACAGUACCUUCUGUGCUUCUGGAGAAACUAUAGAAAGGAAAAGAUUCUUUCGAAAGAGUGUUGAGAUGACAGAAGAUGGCAAAGUUGCUGAAUCUUCCUCCAAAGAUGAGAGAAUAAAGACUGCAACAAAUAUUCCAAGAGUAGAAAAGCUUCCUACGAAUGUGCUAAGAGGCAGACAAGAAGUUAAAUAUGAGCAGUGUUCAAAGGGAAUGUCAGAAUCCUCAAAAGAUUGUUUCAAGGAGAAAAAUGAAAAGGAAAUGGAAGAAGAAGCAGAAAUGAAGGCUGUAGCUACUUCUCCUAGUGGCAGGUUCCUGAAAUUUGACAUAGAGCUGGGAAGAGGAGCAUUUAAAACAGUAUAUAAAGGACUGGACACUGAAACAUGGGUUGAAGUUGCUUGGUGUGAGCUGCAGGACCGGAAAUUAACCAAAGCUGAGCAGCAAAGGUUCAAGGAAGAAGCAGAGAUGUUAAAGGGUCUCCAGCAUCCCAAUAUAGUUCGAUUCUAUGAUUCCUGGGAGUCUAUACUAAAAGGAAAGAAAUGUAUUGUAUUAGUGACUGAACUUAUGACAUCAGGAACCUUAAAGACGUACUUAAAACGAUUUAAAGUCAUGAAACCAAAGGUCUUAAGGAGCUGGUGCAGGCAAAUUUUAAAGGGGUUGCAGUUCUUGCACACUAGGACUCCUCCUAUUAUUCACCGGGAUCUGAAGUGUGACAAUAUUUUCAUCACGGGACCCACUGGAUCUGUGAAGAUUGGUGAUCUAGGACUAGCCACCUUAAUGCGCACAUCAUUUGCUAAAAGUGUCAUUGGCACUCCUGAGUUUAUGGCCCCAGAGAUGUAUGAAGAGCACUACGAUGAAUCUGUGGACGUCUAUGCUUUUGGAAUGUGUAUGCUAGAAAUGGCUACUUCGGAGUACCCUUAUUCUGAGUGCCAGAAUGCAGCUCAAAUAUACCGUAAAGUAACUAGUGGUAUAAAACCAGCCAGUUUCAAUAAAGUCACUGAUCCUGAAGUGAAAGAAAUCAUCGAGGGAUGUAUUCGUCAAAAUAAAUCUGAAAGGUUGUCUGUCAGGGACCUACUAAACCACGCAUUUUUUGCUGAAGAUACAGGGCUAAGGGUGGAGUUAGCGGAGGAAGAUGAUUGCUCAAAUUUAUCUCUGGCUUUAAGGCUCUGGGUUGAAGACCCUAAAAAAUUGAAAGGCAAGCAUAAAGACAAUGAAGCUAUUGAAUUCAGUUUCAAUUUAGAAACAGAUACACCUGAGGAAGUAGCAUAUGAAAUGGUCAAGUCAGGAUUCUUCCAUGAAAGUGAUUCCAAAGCUGUUGCUAAGUCCAUUAGAGACCGGGUGGCCCUGAUAAAGAAGACAAGGGAGAAGAAGCCAGCUGGCUGUUUGGAAGAACGCAGAGACUCCCAGUGCAAGUCUGUGGGGAAUGUACUCCCUCAGCCCCAAAAUACAGCUUUGCCCCCUCCUCCUGCUCAGCACAGCGGGGCUGAAUGUGAAGAAACUGAAGUUGAUCAACAUGUGCGACAACAGCUUCUGCAAAGAAAACCACAAUGGCAUUGCUCCUCUGUUACAAGUGACAGUUUGUCUGAGGCAGGAGCUGGAUCAGUUAUACAUUCAGAAACUUCAAAUCAGCCCAGUAUAGCCUACUCCUCAGACCAGAUGAUGGGCUCUCAAAUGGUUUCUAACAACCCACAGGCUGAAAUAAAUGUUCCAGGGAAAAUUUAUCCAUCCCAGCAGCUAGUGGGACAUCACCAGCAGAUUUCAGGGUUGCAGAAGCAGCCAAAGCUGACUCAGCCCCAAAUUUUGCCUUUGCUUCAAGGUCAGUCCACUGUUCUGCCUGUACAUGUCCUUGGACCUCCGCUUGUCUCACAACUCCAGUUUUUGCCAUUAAGUGUCCCAAAGGUCUCACAGGUAAAGCCUGUAUCCCAAGCAGUUGGAGCUGAACAAACAGCAACUCUUCUAAAACCGGAUUUAGUUCGAAGUUUGAAUAAUGAUGUGGCAGCUGUGAAGGAAAACACCAAUACCCCUGAUAACCCAAGUGGAAAUGGCAAACAAGAUCGGAUCAAACAAAGAAGAGCUUCCUGUCCUCGAUCAGAGAAGGGGACUAAAUUUCAGCUUACUGUCCUUCAGGUGUCAAUCUCUGGAGACAACAUGGUGGAGUGUCAACUGGAGACACACAAUAACAAGAUGGUCACCUUCAAGUUUGAUGUUGAUGGUGAUGCACCAGAGGAUAUUGCAGACUAUAUGGUUGAAGAUAACUUUGUCCUGGAAAGUGAAAAAGAAAAAUUUGUAGAAGAAUUGAGGGCUAUCGUAGGUCAAGCCCAGGAGAUCCUUCAUGUCCACUCUGCUGCAGAAAGAGCCAUUGGAGUUGACUCUAUUACUAUGGAAUCCAGCAGUAGCCAAACAGGAUCAUCUGAACAAGUACAGAUAAAUUCUGCAUCCACUCAAACCAGCAAUGAAUCUGCUCCUCAGUCAUCCCCAGUUGGUCGAUGGCGAUUUUGUAUCAAUCAGACAAUAAGAAACCGUGAUGCUCAAUCUCCUUCUUCUCUUCAGCAGUCCAUGUCUACAGUUCCUGGGCUAAAUCUGCUUUCUAGUCCAAGAAACAUAAGUAAUAAGGAAAUAUCACAGGACACGCUGCUCACUCUAGAAAAUAAUCCAUGCCAGCGUGCACUUUACACCUCCACAUCAGAACACAAGGAUGUAGUUGAUGGUAAGAUUUCUGAAUAUGCCAGUGUAGAAACUAAGCAGCCAGCUAUACUUUAUCAAGUGGAAGAUGACAAGCAGAUAAUGGCACCAGUUGCUAGUAGUUCCAGUCUUGAAUGUGAGGGACUCACCAGCCAAGCAGGCAUAUUCCUACCUGUGUAUCCAGGUCACCAAGCUGCCAGUCAGGCAGCUCCUGGUGAGUCAACUCAGAUUGCUUCUAACUCUCUUACAACUCCGGCAUUUAUGUCUGAUCAAAAGCCUCAGUCCUUACCGGUGCAGCAGCCAACUAUGGAUGCAGAGUUUAUUUCCCAAGAAGGAGAAACCGCAGUGAUCGUGGAAGCAAGUUCUCCUAAGAUGGUCAUUCCCACUCAGACCCCUGGCCUUGAACCAACUAGCCUGCUGUCCUCUACGGUCCUGGAAUCAGACGGGGAAGGACCUCCAAAAAUGGAGUUUGCAGACAACCGAAUUAAAACUCUGGAUGAAAAAUUAAGAAAUUUGCUCUAUCAGGAGCAUAGCAUAUCUAGCAUCUAUCCUGAGAGUCAGAAGGAUACCCAAAGCAUAGAUUCUCCGUUUUCUUCCUCUGCUGAAGACACAGUCUCAUGUCCAGUGCCAGAAGUCAUAGGCAUCAGUCACUGUGGAAUUCAAGAUAGUCCUGCACAGUCCCCUAAUUUUCAGCAGACAGGCUCUAAGAUUCUGUCCAAUGUGACUGUGAGUCAGCCUGCAAACAUAUCAGUGUUCAAAAGGGACCUGAAUGUGAUAACUUCUAUACCCAGCGAAUUAUGUUUACAUGAGAUGUCCCCAGAUGCUUCACUUCCAGGGGAUCCAGAGGCCUAUCCUGCUGCUGUGUCAAGCGGUGGAGCCAUUCAUCUGCAGACAGGAGGUGGAUAUUUUGGCCUAAGCUUUACUUGUCCUAGUCUCAAAAAUCCUAUUAGCAAGAAAUCCUGGACUCGCAAAUUAAAAAGCUGGGCAUACAGGCUACGGCAGUCAACCAGCUUUUUCAAGAGAUCAAAAGUCCGUCAAGUGGAUACAGAAGAUACGAGAUCACCAGUUGCUCCUGACCCCAUUCCUCUGACAGGAGAGUCCACAGCUGAUGCUAGGGCUUUCAGUAGAUGUAAAGCAAUGAGUGGAUCAUUUCAGCGGGGUCGGUUCCAGGUGAUUACAGUUCCUCAGCAGCAGUCAGUGAAAGUGACAUCUUCUGGAAUAGAACACAUACCAGCAUUCAAUAAAAUGACAAGCCAGCCUAGUGAAGAAGCUUUAGCCUUUACUAAAACAGCAAAGUCUCAAUUGGUAGAAAUGGAACCUGCCACACACAAUCUGCAACCUUCACUUUCUUCUCAGAAGUUACAAGCUCUUCAGGAAACCUUAAAAGAAGAUAAAAGAAUUCCCAAACAAGCUGACAACUUCUCAUCUUUCAGUAUGGCUUGUGAGACUGUUGUAUCUUUGAUGACUCCAGAAAAGGCAUUGGAAGAAAAUUCAGCCACAGGAAGUAGCAUGCAGUCUGGAUCUGAACUGUUGUUUAAAGAGAGAGAGAUACUUACUGCUGGGAUGCAGCCUACCUCUAAUAGUGAAUUUUCAGCCACUCUUGGUGGCAGAGGGAAAUCAGUGGCAAAGAGUGGUCCAGAGAGAGUAAAGUGCUUACCACUCCGUGAAGAAAAAGCCUAUGUUCAAACACAGAGCUCACUCUUCUAUUCACCGUCUUCCCCAAUGAGCAGUGAUGAUGAGUCAGAAGUAGAGGAUGAGGACUUAAAGGUGGAGCUUCAAAGAUUACGAGAAAAACACAUUCAGGAGGUGGUAAAUCUUCAAACCCAGCAGAAUAAGGAGUUACAGGAGCUCUAUGAACGCCUUCGGGCAAUUAAAGAUGGCAAAGUCCAAUCAUCAGAGAUUCCUCUACCACCUGCAUCACCACGUAGACCAAGAUCUUUUAAAAGCAAACUUCGAAGCCGUCCCCAGUCCUUGACACAUGUGGACAGUGGCACAGUUGUAACAGGUAAAUCAAUCUUAAAAUUGGGUGAAAUGGAGAAUCCACUGUGUGCGGCGGAAAGUAGUGCAGCAUCAUGCCAGCAAUCUCCAGCUAGUAAAAAAGGGAUGUUCACAGAUGACUUACACAAACUGGUGGAUGACUGGACAAAGGAAACAGUAGGAAAUUCUCUUAUUAAGCCAAGUUUAAACCAACUUAAACAGAGUCAACAGAAACUAGAAACAGACAACUGGAACAAAGUAUAUGAAAAUACUCCAUCUACUAUGGGCUACACAUCAACAUGGAUUUCUUCUCUGUCCCAAAUCCGUGGAGCUGUCCCAGCCUCCUUGCCACAAGGACUCUCACGCCCUUCAUUUCCUGGGCCAUUAUCAUCAUAUGGAAUACCCCAUGUUUGUCAAUAUAAUGCUGUGGGGGGGCCAGGGUAUCCGGUACAGUGGGUAGGAAUUUCAGGAACACCACAACAGUCUGUAGUAAUUCCUACCCAAUCUGGGGGACUGUUCCAGCCGGGGAUGAAUUUGCAGGCAUUUCCAGCUUCAUCAGUUCAGAAUCCAUCCGCGAUCCCUCCUGGUCCCAAGUGA